CAUGUUUACUCAUCAGUUAUCGCGACACCUCGAUCCCUUUUUUACUUUAUAAACACACCCCCGAUACACGCUCUUUUGCCAUCACGAAACAUGGAUAUCACGUUAUCAUUUUCGCUAUCCAUUCUUGUGGUUCUCGGUUUCUCACUCUUUUCAUCCUUGUUACUUUUAAGAAAAAGAGCCUCUUUUAGUCCCAACACUCCACCGGGCUCAAUCGGAUGGCCAAUCGUAGGAGAAAGCAUCGAGUUUGGCUUGUCGGGCCCGCCAAAAUUCAUCAAAAAACGAAUGGAAAAAUUCUCGCCUGACGUGUUUAAAACAUCUUUGCUUGGAGAGAAAAUGGCCUUCUUUUGUGGACCUAAAGGGAACAAGUUUGUGUUCGCCAACGAGAACAAAGUUCUCGCCUCGUGGUGGCCUAAAUCCGCCUCCAAGGUUCUUCUCUUUACCGAAGUCAUCAACGAAGGUCAAAAAGUCGUAGCCCCAUUACUUGCUAACUCUGUUCACGAUAUUCUAAAGCCCGAAGCAUUAAAACAAUAUGUUCCUCUAAUGGAUUCGAUGGCCCGUAAGCAUAUGGAAACCGAAUGGGCACCUUUUAAAGAGGUGAAGGUUUACCCUUUGUCACAAAAGUACACUUUCGCCCUUUCGUGUAAACUAUUUAUGGACGAAGAUGAUGAAGAUAAAGUUGCCAAGGUGCUAGAGAAUUUCAAUACCGUCACAAACGGGAUGAUCUCGAUGCCUAUAGAUUUUCCUGGUACUGCAUAUAACCGUGCGGUCAAAGGAGGAAAAGUUCUUCGUGAUGGUUUGAUGAAAAUCAUCUCAGCACGGAGAAAGGAAUUGAUCGAGAAGAAAGAGAUAGUGAGAGAUGAUAUAUUGUCGAAAAUGCUACUCGUGACAAAUGAGAACGGUAGGCUUAUGAACGAGAAGGAAAUCUCGAACAAUAUUAUAGGUUUACUAGUAGCUAGCUAUGAAACUAGUAGUGUCGCAAUCACAUUCGUCUUGAAGCACCUUGCCGAGAAUCCACAUAUCUAUGACCAAGUUUAUGAAGAACAAAUGAUGAUCGCUAAAAGUAAACAAGAUGAAUUGCUAACGUGGGAAGAUGUCGAGAAGAUGAAAUAUUCUUGGAAUGUCGCGCGUGAAUCCAUACGUUUAGCUCCACCCGGUCAAGGAGCCUUUCGAGAAGCUUUAACAGACUUCAAAUACGCAGGUUUCACCAUUCCGAAGGGAUGGAAGAUAUUUUGGAACGUGAACACGACACAUAACAAUCCAAAAUACUUUCCAGAUCCCGAGAAAUUCGAUCCUUCAAGAUUCGAAGGAGCUGGUCCUGUACCAUACGCGUUCGUACCUUUUGGAGGAGGACCAAGAAUGUGCCCAGGAAAAGAGUAUGCCCGAUUAGAGAUACUUGUUUUUAUGCAUAAUUUCGUGAAGAACUUUAGGUUAAAGACGUUAAUCCCAAAUGAGAAGAUCAUCUAUCGUUCUACUCCCGUCCCGGAAAAAGGUCUACCGGUUCACCUUUACCCUCAUGGCAAGAAGUAGAAGUAACAUCUUUCAAACACUGUUCUAUGUUCAAAGCAAAUUGACUAACUAUUUACUUUGAGCUGCAUAAUAUAUUAAAAAUUUUAUUAUCGCAAA